CACUGCAGCGCCGGUGUCCCACGGUCAAACGUAAAUAGAUAGCAUUAUUAAAUAACCAUCACCUGUCAAUUAGUCUUCGACGCCAGUUUCUCUACAGUCGCUCGUUUCUUUAACGCCACUAUGAAGUACAUCCUUGUUACUGGUGGUGUAAUAUCUGGUAUUGGUAAGGGGAUCAUUGCCAGCAGUGUUGGAACAAUCCUCAAAUCUUGUGGCCUUCACGUCACAGCCAUCAAAAUUGAUCCUUAUAUCAAUAUUGAUGCUGGCACCUUUUCACCAUAUGAACAUGGGGAAGUUUUUGUUCUUGAUGAUGGCGGGGAGGUGGAUUUGGACUUGGGAAACUACGAGCGUUUCCUGGACAUCCGUCUGACCAGAGACAACAACCUCACGACAGGAAAGAUCUACCAGUCAGUAAUCAACAAGGAGAGGAGGGGAGACUAUCUGGGCAAAACUGUGCAAGUGGUACCACACAUCACAGAUGCCAUCCAGGAGUGGGUGAUGAAGCAGGCCAGAAUCUCAGUCGAUGAUGACGGAGUGGAGCCUCAAGUUUGCGUCAUAGAGCUGGGAGGCACAGUGGGGGACAUUGAGAGCAUGCCCUUUAUUGAGGCCUUCAGACAGUUCCAGUUCAAGGUGAAGAGGGAGAACUUCUGCAACAUCCAUGUCAGCCUUAUACCACAGCCCAAUACCACAGGAGAGCAGAAAACCAAACCAACCCAAAACAGUGUGCGAGAGCUGAGAGGUCUGGGCUUGUCACCAGAUUUGAUUAUGUGCCGCUGUUCAACGCCCCUAGAAACAGCCGUAAAGGAGAAGAUCUCCAUGUUUUGUCAUGUGGAGACCACACAGGUCAUCUGUGUCCACGAUGUCCCUUCAGUCUACAGAGUGCCCCUGCUGCUGGAGAACCAGGGUGUUGUCAGCUACUUCUGUCAGCGGCUGAACCUGCCCAUCGAGAUGAGGCCAAGAAAGAUGCUCACAAAGUGGAAGGAGAUGGCUGACAGAUCUGACCGUCUCCUGGAGCAUGUUUCCAUUGCCCUAGUGGGGAAGUACACCAAGUUAUCCGACUCCUACACCUCAGUUAUCAAGGCCCUAGAACACUCAGCCCUUGCCAUUAAUCACAAACUAGAAGUCAAGUACAUAGACUCUGCAGACCUGGAGACGACCACUCUGCAAGAUGAGCCAGUGAAAUAUCACGAGGCAUGGCAAAAACUCUGCAGUGCUCAUGGUGUGUUGGUGCCAGGAGGUUUCGGUGUGAGAGGGACAGAAGGAAAGAUGAUGGCUAUUAACUGGGCCAGGAAACAGAACAAGCCAUUUCUGGGGGUGUGUUUGGGCAUGCAGCUGGCAGUGUGCGAGUUCGCCCGCAAUGUUCUUGGAUGGGCUGAUGCCAACUCUACAGAAUUUAAUCCUGAAACCAAACACCCAGUGGUGAUUGACAUGCCAGAGCACAACCCAGGGCAGAUGGGUGGCACUAUGAGGUUGGGGAAGAGGCGAACCAUUUUCAAAUCAACCUCCAGUGUACUGAGAAAACUGUAUGGAGAUGUGGAAUAUGUUGAAGAGAGGCACAGACACAGAUUUGAGGUGAACCCUGAGCUGAAGCACUACUUUGUGAAGAAGGGUCUUCAGUUUGUUGGCCAGGAUGUGGAAGGAGAACGAAUGGAGGUCAUUGAAUUGGAGGAUCAUUGUUACUUUGUCGGAGUGCAGUAUCAUCCAGAGUUCACCUCCAGGCCCAUCAAACCUUCACCUCCAUACUUUGGAUUCCUGCUGGCUUCUGCAGGAAAACUCCAGAGCUACUUGGCCAAAGGCUGUCGGCUUUCUCCACGAGACACUUACAGUGACCGCAGUGGAAGCAGCUCUCCUGAAGCGGACAUCUCAGAGCUGAAGUUCCCUUCUUUGUGAUGAGCCUAAAGCACAAGUAGUUGUUGUGUUUGUGUCACUCAUGCGGAUAAAUGCAAGGUCUAGGAAGAAAAACGGGGCUGUUUGUUAACUGACUCAGAAAAUCCCAAAAAUGUUUUAAACUUUUUUUAUGCUCUGAUUGGUACACUAUAUUGUUAAUAAUUUAAACUCUAAAUAUGUCAUGCCUUCAGUGAUUGUAUAAAGCUAAAUGGGGUGUCCUGUCAUCUCUGGAGCAUUAGACUUGAAGCUUGGGUAGGCAAUUUAUUUUAGGAGCAUUUUUUGUUUUAUUUGUUGAAAUUCUCUUCACAUCUUGACAGCAGUCAAUAAGUCAAAUGCUCUGACCAAAAGAAAAAAAGAAAAAUUCGAUAUCUUUGGCUUUUGCAAGCCUGAACUAAGCCUGUUCAAUCAUUUCAUUCGGUACGCUUGAAAUGAUUGGAUGGCCUACCUGCCUCUCUGUGCAUAGUCUGCCUCCAAAACCUCCUCAGUCACCAGACUGUUAGAGAUCUAGACCUG